AUGGAGGACGAGCUGCAGAAGCUCAACUUUGGACGUGAUUUAUGUGUUUGUGAUUACAGUCAUCUUGUAGAUGAGCUGAAAGACCUGGCGCUGCCUUUCCUGCAUAUCCUCCUGCAGCAUAUCUGCUUCCAGAUGGUGGAGAAGAGUGAGUUUCGAAGCCAUGGAGCCCAGGCUGUGGGUAUGCUGACGUCUCAGAUGGCAAGUACAGACCAUGCCUGCUUCAUCAAGUGGCUGUUUAACUACUCCAGACACUCAAAGAUGGUGUGCCGGCUGUUUUCCGUGGAUGUGGUGAUGGUUUUGCUGGAGCAGCCAGAGAGGAGGCCGGAAGAGUGUCUGGACCCAGAGCUCACCUGCUUCCUGCCACACAAGUUCUUGAUCCAGAGCCUGCUGUUUGCUCGGCGGAUGGACGACUCGCCCACUGUUCAAGGCCACGCCCUCGCCUGCCUGGCCCAGUGUCUGGAGCUGCCUUCUUUCAACGUCACGCGGGCUGUCCACAACCUCUUCUCUGCUACUGGAACCCAGACAGUACUGGAAGGUGAAAUUACAGAAGGAGGUUCCCAGAACAGUCAGAAAACCUACCGCACUCUGCCGUUCAGGACUGUGGAGAUGAGCACCACUGACGUCUCCGACUGUGACGCAAAAGAGAACCUGGCUCUUCUCCUGAAGCGCGUAAAAGAUUUGAAGACUAACGUGAGAAAAUCAGCAUUGCAGGCCCUUGUGGGUCUCCUGAAACACAACGUAAUCCUAAUGAGCUGGGAGAACCUGGCUAUACUGUCAGAGCGGUGCAGAGACCCAGCUGUUUCUGUGAAGAAGAAGGCCCUGCAGUGUAUAGGAGAGCUGCUGACUGCUAAACCAGAGUGCAGUGUGGUGCAGAAGGCAUGGCUUCAGGGCGUGGUGCCAGCUGUGGUAGACUCUGAAAACUCUGUGCAGGACAAGGCCCUGGAGGCUCUGGACCAAGUUCUGCUAAGCCAGGUCAAACCGUACUCUGCCAGUCGCCACCUGGAUGCCAGUCAGAGGCUGACCUGGGACCUGCUAGCCCUGCUCUGUCAUGACUGCCAGAACCUCAGCCGGUAUUUCAGCAGGGCCUUCACCAUCUGGUCCAAAGAGAACAAGUUCACACAGACUUUCAUCACUAACCUGAUCUCACACACUGACGCCGAUCACGCCGCCGGGGCCUGGUUGCUGCUCUCCAAGGUUGUUGCUUCGUCCCCCAGACUGCCCUAUGGGAAGAUCCUGGAUGCCUGGGACAGCAUGGUCAGUUCAAAGGAUGUAAAUGUGACAACCUGCUGUCAUAUCCUGUGUGUGAUGGGAGACAUCGCCAAACAUUUGAACGAAGAUACCAAGAGCAGAAUAGUUAAUGAUCUGAUGUCUUGGUUGAAGACUUUUACUUUGUCUCUGGAGGUGAUCUGUGCUGCUCUAGUGACUCUUUAUCAAUAUGGCCGCAGUGAAAACAUCAAAGAGACUCAGGCUUUCCUGAACCACCACUGUGGUGAGCUGGUGUCGGUCUGCGAGGCCUAUUUAGCUGGCAUCAUCCUGAGUGAAAACGGAGCCCAGAACUUGGGCUCAGAAUGA